GUUCGGGUCGGGUCCUCGAAUCAUCAACCCACCCACAAACAACAAACAAUGAAGCACAGGAAUGACGUCAGCUUCCGGAAGCUGCUCAAGUCCUCCCUGCUGGGCCUCACCGUCUGCCUCGGCCUCCUCUGUUUCUACUACGGCUGGUCCUUCGGCCCCGGCUCCCGCCUCUCCGACGACGAAGACGCUUUCGGUGGGCCCCUCCCCCGUCUUCUCCGCGAGGCCCAGCCCCUCAAAAGCAUUCCGAUUUGUGAUGUCCAAUUCUCGGAGCUGAUACCGUGUCUGGACAGAAGCCAACAUUACCAGCUGAAACUGAAGCUCAAUUUGACGCUCAUGGAGCAUUACGAAAGGCAUUGUCCACCGCCGCAGCGCCGCUUCAAUUGCCUCAUCCCGCCGCCGUUUGGAUACAAGGUCCCGGUGAGGUGGCCGGCGAGUAGGGAUGAGGUGUGGAAGGCCAACAUCCCCCACACGUCGCUUGCGCAAGAGAAGUCGGAUCAGAAUUGGAUGGUUGUGAAUGGUGACAAGAUCAAUUUCCCCGGCGGAGGGACGCAUUUCCAUAAUGGAGCCGAUAAGUACAUUGUUGCUCUUUCCAAAAUGCUUAAGUUUAAUGACUCUAGAUUCAACAAUGGUGGAAAUAUUCGCAAUGUGCUUGAUGUCGGUUGUGGGGUUGCGAGUUUUGGGGCGUAUCUUCUUUCGCAUCAUGUCAUUGCCAUGUCACUGGCUCCUAAUGAUGUGCAUGAGAAUCAGAUACAGUUUGCGUUAGAGAGGGGGAUUCCAUCAACUCUUGGUAUUUUGGGUACAAAAAGACUUACUUAUCCAAGCAGAUCGUUUGAGCUGGCGCAUUGCUCACGCUGCCGGAUAGAUUGGCUUCAAAGAGAUGGAAUUCUCUUAUUAGAGCUUGACAGAGUACUGAGACCUGGAGGGUAUUUUGUGUACACUUCUCCUGAAGCAUAUGCACAUGACCCUGAAAAUCAGAGGAUCUGGAGUGCUAUGUCUGAUCUUACAAAAAGAAUGUGCUGGAGAGUUGUAGCCAAGAAAGAUCAGAGUGUAGUAUGGGCCAAGCCACUGUCUAAUAGUUGUUACUUGAAGAGAGAUUCUUGGACCCAGCCCCCUCUGUGCAAUUCUGAUGAUGACCCAGAUGCAAGUUGGAAUGUGACCAUGAAGGCCUGCAUUUCUCAAUACUCUGCGAAGGUGCAUAGGGAAAGAGGAAGCAAACUUGCCCCUUGGCCUCAGAGGCUUAAAGCAGCACCCCCUCGCCUGGAGGAAAUUGGUGUCAGUCCUGAAGAAUUCAAAGAGGACAGUAUCAUAUGGCAUUAUAGAGUCAUUGAAUACUGGAAGCAGAUGAAGUCUGUUAUCGAGAGAAAUUCAUUCAGAAAUGUCAUGGAUAUGAACUCACACCUUGGUGGAUUUGCUACUGCCUUGAAUGGAAAAGAUGUAUGGGUAAUGAACGUUGCUCCUGUCCAUGUUUCUGCCAAUUUAAAGAUUGUUUAUGAUCGAGGAUUGAUUGGAACUAUUCAUGACUGGUGUGAAGCGUUUUCCACGUACCCACGUACAUAUGAUCUUCUACAUGCAUGGGCAGUAUUUUCAAAUAUUGAGGAACGUGGAUGCAGUACAGAGGAUCUAUUGAUUGAAAUGGAUAGGAUAUUGAGACCCAAUGGGUUUGUCAUCAUAAGAGACAAACCCUCUGUUAUUAACUACAUCCGAAAGUUUGUGACUGCCUUGAAGUGGGAUGACUGGUUGUCAGAAGUUGAACCACGAGUUGAUGCUCUUUCCUCAGGUGAAGAGAGAGUUUUGAUUGCAAGAAAAAAGUUGUGGGAUGAGGAGCAUACAUCAAUGUGAUUUGGCCAUGAGUUUCAGACUUUCAGGCCCGCUGCAAUACAAUCUUUGAGUUUAACUCACCUCAGAUGAUGAAAAAGAGAAUGUACUAAUAUGUGAAAGGCAACAAUGUGAUGCCUUCAGCAGAUGUUCAUCACCACUGAAGGCCGCAGAUGUGAUUUCUUUGGGAGUGAAGAGAGAGCACAAUCGAUUAUCGAAAAGCUUGCUUAGCCAGGACCAGGGAACUUUUGUUUUCUGUAACUAUUUUCAACUGUCCAAAGUACCCAAUUGGAAUUGAGAUGUUCACUUUUGAUUACAAUUACUCUUUUACAUUCAUUUCAUUAUAGAAUAACCCUUAUGUACAAGACAUUUUGUCAAAAUUGUGGUUAAGAAUGAGUACAUAUAUGAUUUUGGAUC